UCUGCCAUGUCCUAAAUUUUCAAUUUCUACUCGUAAAUUUUAAGGUUUUUUUUCUAUAAACAAAAUUAGAAAUUACAUUCAAAAUGAAUUUGAGUUUAAAUAAUAGAGUAGCUAACAAUUCAUCUUCUACUCUUAAAUUUACUAAAGAAGAAUGGAUAAGUAACAACGAACACAGAUUAUCAUGUAGUAAAGCACAACGGAAUUCAGCGGAUCGCCUCAUUUUUGAAGUUAAACGUAUUGCUGAAUCUGCUGCAGAAUUAAUUAAGGAAAAUAAAGAAGAAACCGAUUAUCGUUUAAAGGAAAAUUUAAAAAAUAUCGAGUUUUCGAAAGACGAGCUUUUUCGAAUUCAAAAGAAUGUUACACUUGAAAUAGAUGCUCUUCUCGUUGCAAUAAGAAGAAUUUGUAAUACUUUGAAUAAUGAAUUUGAAAAUGCUCAUCUAAUUUGUAAAAAAUGUCUUUUCGCCAGGGAACAUCGUCUUGGAAUCGAUUUAGUUCAUGAUGAUGUACAAAAGGAAUUGUAUAAAGAAAAUGAUUUGAUACAGAGAAUGAAAGAUUUGUUGUUUCGAGUACAUGAGCAAUCUUUGGAACAAGUUAGAAAAUUAAAGGCAAUUUUAUAUCAUAUGAAUCAUGAUCUUCAGGGUAAAGAAUAUAAUUUAAAAAUUCAUCAGGAAAAUUUGAAUUCCAAGGAAAGUUGUUUAGAUCAAAAUGUUCGCCAAGGAAAAUUUAAUCACAACACGCCGUUUACUUUACAAGAAUGGGAAAUGCAAUGGCGGGAAGUUUUCUUAAACGGUACUAAAGAAAUAAAUACGACAUACACUUUGCGAAAUUAUAUAGACAAAAGUUUGAGACGCGCCGCUGAUGAUUUAUGUAAACAAAAGCAAUUAACAGACGAUGCUUUGAGGAGACGAAUCGAACAAACUAGUGAAGCAAAGAUUAAGUUAGAGCAUGAGCAUUCAGAAAUUAUUUGUCAAACAAAGACCCUUGGUGCCCAAAUCAGAAAGUUGGAGAAAACAAUUGCAGAGAAAGAAGAUUCAAUGGCUCUAGUUUUUACACAUUUAAACAAUUGUAGUCAGAAAAAUGGUCCAGUUUCUCUUUAUGAUGUUUACGAUGGAUCAUUAGUUUCAGAAGCUGUUGAUCAGAGAAAAAUAGUUACUGAACUUCAAAGAAAAUUAUGUGAGGCUCAAACCUGUAUGCGUUCUAUGUUCAAAAUUCAAAUCCAGUUGGAAGAGGAUAUAAAUAUUAAAAAUAAUACUUUAAAAAUCGACGAAGUUGAUUGUAUGACUAUACGACAAAUUGUGGAGUAACAUGUAUAUUUUACUAAACAAACUUUGUUUCCAUUUACCUGUAUAUGUUUUAGAUGGAUUUUUAU